AUGUUCCGCCCACUCAACCGUCUACCUCUGCGCCGUCUCGCGCCGAGACUCAUCGGAACCCCAAGACCGCCCGGCCAGCUUGUACCGGCAGCGCGUCUGGCCACCAAUUCGCCACCGGCGAAAACCGACAACGCUCAAAACACCACGCGGUAUCAAACGCAAGCCACACCAGCCAGUGACGGUGCCGCAGCUAUACAAAAAAAGACGGUGGCGGAGCAGGACGAGGAGUUGCGCCUGAAGCUGGAGGGCAUGUCUGGGGAGGGAGGUGCCGCCGGUGUCGAGUACGAGAACGGGAAGGCCGAAGGACUCAAGCGGGGUGUUAAGUCAAAUAUGUUCCGAGUCAUAUGA